AUGAAAAAGGCGAAUAUAAAUGGUUUCUAUCACAAUUUUAAAUAUUAUUUCAAGGCCCAAAACGUGAGCAAAGAAAAAACAAUACGUGUAUUAACGGAUAUCCUGCAUAUGAUGUUUAAUACAAAGUUUCUGGAAGAGUUAUUCAAGCCGCAGCAUGUCUAUUCGAGGCGCACAACACGGAUGUUCUUCGAGAAACUUGCGCAUUCAAGCAUUAUGCGACUUAAUGAAACAAGCAUGGAUAAAUUAUACGAUUUGAUGACAAUGGCCUAUAAAUAUCAGCUACAGCUAUGCACUGGUCCAGAACAUAUCGUGCUGAUCACUCUUAAUCAUUUGGACUGUGUCCGCAAAAUUUUGCCUAACGAUGAAAUACUACAGCAGCUUUUAGAUGUUGCGCAUCAGCUGCCGAUGGCAAAAAAAUUUGUGGACUUUUUCCAGGAUGCACGAGUAAAAGUGUCGCUACUGCUACGCGAAAAUAAACAGACGGAUGAAGGUCGGUUUAUUUUAUUUCCGGAUCCAAGAUAUGACUUGCCCUUCAAUGGCAAUGCUCCCGGAUGCACCAGAUAUUUUGAAAACGGUGAAGCUGUGCGCAGUGAAACAUUUCCUACCGGUGAUGAAGCCAUCGAGUAUAUUCCGUGCUCUUCCAGGGUAAAGUGCUGCAGUUUAGUUCUGUAUACCAAGAUCUGCUGCGGAAAGCCCGCGAAAAGGCGGCUAAGAAGCCGCCACAAGAAAAAGAUGGGAACUGCUUAUAAGAAGCACAAAAGAAUAGAAAGGUGCAUCUUGCCUUGA